AAUCCUGCAAUUAGUGCAUCUAACUCCUCCUUUACUGCAGUCUUCUCUCCUAUUGGUGAAAGGUCUUCGCAGCUCAUGGAGGGACCCCACCCCUUUUGUGGGUUUUCAUUCUGAAGCUAUCCACAACUUUACACCUGAAUGAAUGCCAAACCUCUCUGAAUAUAUAAAGGAAACCUGCAAGAGCAAUUUCAGUUACACAGAAGAAGCAGAAGGAAAAGAUUUCAUCCAGCUUUGUCAGACAGCCUGAACCAGCCAUGCUUCUCCCUGCCAUUCACUUCUACGGCUUUUUCCUGGCUUGCAUCUUCACGAGAAGCUACUUGGCUUUCAAGAACGAUGCCACAGAGAUACUUUAUUCUCACGUUGUUAAACCCGCUGCGGCGAGCCCAAGUAGCAACAGCACGUUGAAUCAAGCUAGAAACGGAGGCAGGCACUACACCAGCACUGGAUCCGACCGUAACAAUCGCGUUCAAGUUGGUUGUCGAGAACUGAGAUCCACCAAGUACAUCUCAGAUGGCCAGUGCACCAGCAUUAAUCCCCUGAAAGAACUGGUGUGUGCUGGUGAAUGCCUCCCUUUGCCACUGCUGCCCAACUGGAUUGGAGGAGGUUACGGAACCAAGUACUGGAGCAGGCGGAGCUCACAGGAGUGGAGAUGUGUCAAUGACAAAACUCGCACUCAGAGGAUCCAGCUCCAGUGCCAGGACGGAAGUAUAAGAACCUACAAAAUAACUGUGGUCACAGCCUGCAAGUGCAAGCGAUACACCAGGCAGCACAAUGAAUCCAGCCACAACUUCGAGGGAACUUCUCAAGCAAAACCCAUCCAGCACCACAAAGAAAGGAAAAGAGCCAGUAAAUCCAGCAAGCAUAGUACAAGUUAGAAGUCAAACAUUUUCUGCUCUCUCAUCUCCCACUCCUUGUGCCAAAAUUGAACUCACCUGUAACCAUUUGCUUUACCAUUCUGACUGCUUAAAGACAAGUCUGCCAUUGCUGUGUUCUCAGUUGAUGCUACGUGCUUAUUGCUUUGACCAAAAUCAAAAGGGGCAUUCUCAGCAUAUGGACUUUUUGGGUGAUUUUCCAAAUGCUCAAGAUGGGGAAUAAUACAUGCCUUCCAAAACCACACUAUAAACUUUUACAAUUUCUCCAGCCAUGGAAGCAAAGAAAAUUUGCCAAGAGUAUUCACUGAAGUCAAUUUUGUAAAAUGAUGCUUUGUUGUGGGUUUUCCUGAGAACAUUUAUCACAUCUAUUGCCUUUUAUAUCAUGUUUUAUGAUCUUCUGACAACAGCUUAAACUACAACACCAUGUAUCUGCUUUCAGAUUAAUUCUAAAAAAAAAGUGCUUUGCAUGCUCACCUUUCUCUUAUCUCAGUAUACCAAAAAUUAAAAUAUGCAUGGCAGCAAUCAAAAAGUAAAGCUGAACAAACUAUUUAUUUGUUGUUGUAAUUAUUUAAUGAGCUUUUAUGUGUAUUUCCCUCCAAAAUUUCCUUAUGUUUAUAGCUUUUCAUAUGUAUCAAAGUAUUUUCCUAUGAUUUGGGGCUGGAGUAGAACAUACAUUUUGUAGAUAAUGUAAAAUAGACAUUUUAGCAUUUAGGUAUAUAUAUUUUAAUUUUGAACAUCCAUAAACUUAGGUGUUAUUUUGACAUAACAACAUAAAAUCUGUAUUUUUCAUUCUUCAUCUUGUAUUAUUUUUGUUUAAAAAGUGUGCAAUCAAAAGAUAUGACUUUCUUUCAAAUUCAUUGGUUUCUUUUUUUUUUUUUUACAAAAAUAAACACUGCUAAAAAA